GAAGCAUCCUUCGAAUUACGACUCAUAGCAUUUGACCUCGACGUCCAAAAUUGCAUUCCUCGGAUUUUCUGAACGCAGUUCGUAUGCGAUUGCAUCCCGAAUUAUCUCCAAUAUCUUGAAUCUGAGAGAGGUGCAAGUGAGUGGCGAGCCAGCUGCGCCCUGAGUGCACUGGCACACGGAUGCUAUUUGAAGGUCAUCAUGACUGAAGGAGCUAGCGUACGGCAACCUUGAUCUGCUUCUGUUCUGCCCUCAUCAUCCCCCCUUCUUCCUCGCACAUUCGACUAGAAGUUGAACGCAGUUCACGAAGUGUUGUUGACGGCUUUGGGUUGGAGUGUGCUGCAGAGCAAAUAUUGUACCAAAGGUACAGCGAUCAUCAAGCGGCUGUACAGACAAAUAUUGGGAUUGUGGCGGGACGAGAUGUCACGGCACUGUAUCUUGGGACUGCCAAGGAUGGUCCUCAACUGGGAUGUUCUAUUCCUCAUCAUGGAAUUCGUCGACCGAUGCAGCUUGCUUCCCUACGUGCAAACAUGCCAUACCCUAUACAAAGCGGGAGUUCCUCACCUUCUCAGAGUCAACACUCCCAUAUACUUCGGCAAACAUCUUAACGUGAAAUCGUUCUGCCACUUCAUCCUUGGCGAAUUCCCAUCGCGUCUACGAUACCUUCGAGAAGUCGAGUUUCCCAAGAAAUUUUGGUUGCGCAAGAAGGACACGAUCAGCCAAUUGGCUGAAGUCCUCAGGAAUGCACCAUUCCUCGAGAAAGUAACCAUAUCCGCCGCAGAACGAUUCUUCGAGAUUGGACCUGAGCUGGGAGCUGCCUUACGCGAGGCGACAAGUAUAAGAGAGCUCUCGCUGGACGGUGUGGGAGAUCAAGCAUUGUCUGUCUUAACGCGAAUGCGUUCACCAUUGAACUCCGUGGAGCUCUGUGCCGAUGCUGUUCCAGUAGCGGACUGUCUGGACCCUAAUAAGGUCCUUGCGAGCUUUAGCUCUUCUCUCAGGCAACUGAAGGUGCGGUGGGUCCAAUUCGAGAACACGUCCAUUCAAUAUCCGCACGUGCAUACACUGUCUAUCGAGGAUGACAACUUCGUCCCCAUGGACAUGUUAAUACACGUAUUCCCUAACCUCCAAAGUCUAUCUAUCACGACAAAUACUGGCGUUGAAUUGGAUGAGGAGGAAGCCCUGCAUAUUCAUAACGAGAACAUGCGGGCUCAGGCACGCUUAUCAUGGCCGAGCCUCAAUUAUCUGGAAGGUGACGUAAUGUUGCUGUAUUGCCUAGCCCCUACAUGCAAGGUGCGAUGUCUAUCCGUUUGGCCAUCUUCCUCGGAUGUGGCGAGGUUAGUGCAAGUCUGCAAGAGCACGCGGCCGGAGUCCAUCAAGAUCUACUUUCAUAUGGACAAGUUGUCUGUCGAAGAACUGCGUAUGAUCUUGCGCUCCACGGAUGUCAAACACUUGUCUGCGACCAUUGACGCAUACGACGUUAAUGGCUUGAAAGAUAUACGAGCAUAUAUCCACCAAUUGCGCGACCUAUUCCAGACCCUCACCAUUACUACCUUGUACUUCCGCUUCAUCUGGCAUCCUACCCCCACAGAAUGGUUUCGCACGGAGCAUUUUGAAACAGAGAACGACGAUGAAAGUUCGUUGGUCGCACCAUUACGAACACCGAACCCCGUCCAGCAAUACCUCCAUAGCCUCAACGUGAAGACCUGUAUGCGAAAGACGGCAGAUUAUAUAAAGACCCUGCGAUACGCUUUCUUCGAUAUGCCUGGAAAGCCCAUGAGCUACUGGGAGAUAUUCCGCACUGAGGAGGGAACUAUAUCCUCGUUCGAGCAGUUCUCGAAUGAGGCUGGGGAGCAGAUAGUCCAGGAGACAUUUUAAGGUUCCUUGAUGAUGGUUGUAUUUUGUGUUGUGUUGUUUCUAUCUCAUGACAGCAUUGCGUCUGUGUAUAUUAUUGUCGACCCCUCCCUCCCCACUCUUCCUGCUCCCUCCUCACCACUCCUCCUGCGCUUCGUACCGUUUACUGAUUCUCUUACCCCUGCUCACGUAGCCUAUGAUGAUACCCCGUUGUACCAUCAAGCUUAUACAACAAUGAUUCGAAUCUUUAACAGACUACCUGCAUUGAGGCGAUUUGUGGCGAUGUUGCAAGCUUACACCCAGGACCGUUGACAUUGCCCUUUGCUCUGACUAGCUCCGACGGCUCGCUUUAUAUGGCUAUGGCUUGCUGAAUUCCUGUACUAUCUCUUGCUAUGUGCAUCGCUUGAAGUCACGUAUCGACCAACGCUUCUCACCUGGCUAAUGGAAUUCCAACCAUAUCUUCUCGACGGGCACUUCGCUGACGACAAUAUUACUUUCUGUCCCGCCGGCCCGCACAUGUGUAGUCUGAACAUUUCAUACAACUACUAUGGCUUUGCUCGAGGAGUCUGGGAUCUGUCACCUGUGCCUG